AUGGCAAGCGCCGGCGUGGUCGGCUCGGCCGAGGUAAUAGUGGAGGAGGCAGCUCCUGUGCUCAGCCUAACUUCCAGGAUGCACUUCAGGGAGGAUCUGAGGAGGAUCCGGUGCGCGGUGCUGCUCUGCCUGCUCUCCGUGCUGCUCCUCAUGCUACCCACUGCCUACCUGCUGGUUGGAAACCUCCGAGCUCCCAGCUCCUGCCUUGACCAGGUCACAGAGGAGAGGGGCUCUCGCUUUCUGAAGCAACGAGCAGUAGCUACUGUUACAGAUACACUUGCCAGUGCAGAAAAGCCAAGAGCACACCUGACAGUGAAGAAACAAAAUGUCAUCAGCACCGUGGGAAGCCACCUGCCCAUCCUGCAGUGGGAAGACAAGAGAGGCUUGGCCUUUACCAAGAACAACCUGAAUUAUUCCAGCAACUCACUGGUGAUACCUGUGUCUGGGGACUACUAUGUCUACGCUCAGGUCACUUUCCGAGGGCCCAUUGAAAGUUACAAUGAACCAAAUUUUGUCACUGAGAUCAUCACCAAAGUCACUGACAGCUACCCUGAGCCCACCCGGCUGCUGUCUGGCACCAAGACCCUCAGUGGAAAUGGGAAGAGCUGGUUCCAGCCAAUUUAUCUAGGUGCUGUGGUCUCCUUAGAAGCAGGAGACAAGCUAAUGGUCAACGUUAGUGACAUCAAGCUGGUGGAUUACACUCAGGAGCACAAAACCUUCUUUGGUGCCUUUUUGUUGUAG